AUGGCCCCAAGGCUCAGCCUCCUCCUUGCCCUGCUCCUGGCAGGGGCCAUCAGUGCUCAGCAGCAGUACAUGGAGUACAUGGAUAGGAGAUUUGGCGCCUUAGAGGAAAGGAUUUCCCAGUGGCAUGACCAGAGCAGCCGCUACUCCACCGAGCUGCGUGAGUUCAAGAACCAGGUGAUCACAAUGCUGGAGAACAUGGAGAAGGAGCAGGACAGGCUGCGCACGGAGGUGGAGAACACGGCAGUGCGGGUGGACCGGCUGGAGCGCGAGGUGGACUACCUAGAGACGCAGAACCCCGCUCCGCCCUGUGUGGAGGUGGACGAGACGCUGAUGGAGAACCAGGUCUCCACAGCCAAGAAGAGGAAGAACGAGAAGUACGAUAAGCUGACAGAUUGCAGUGACACCAUCUCCCAGGUGAAAGCCAUGAAGAUCCUGAAGAAAUUUGGCAGCAGUGCUGGGCUGUGGACCAAGGACCCUGUGGGGAGCUCGGAGAAGAUCUAUGUCUUCGAUGGCUCCAGAAAUGACACCAUCUAUGUGUUCCCCAGGAUGAGGGAGUUUACGCUGUUUUCCGCCACGCGGAAGGCAGCCCGCAUCAAGCUGCCCUACCCCUGGGUGGGCACCGGGCACCUGGUGUAUGGGGGGCAUCUCUACUACAUUCGGCAGCAGGGCACCUUCCAGGUCAUCAAGUUCAGCUUGGCCAAUAAGACCAUCGUGGACAGCUCCGUGUUCCCAGCCGAGGAGCAGGUACCUGUCUUUGGCCUCUCUGCCUUCAACUACAUCGACAUAGCAGCUGAUGAGGAAGGGCUAUGGGCCAUCUACGCCACCAGGGAGAACGAGAAGAACAUCUGCCUGGCCAAGUUGGACCCCGUCUCCCUGGACAUAGAGCAGAUGUGGGACACGCCAUGCCCACGGGAGAACGCUGAGAGUGCCUUUGUCAUCUGCGGGGCACUCUAUGUGGUGUACAACACGAGGCUGCCCAGCCGCUCCCGCGUGCAGUGCGUCUUUGACGUCAGUGGCGCCAUGACGCCCGAGGAUGCCGCCUUGGUGUACUUCCCCAAGCGCUAUGGGUCUCAUUCCAGCAUGAAGUACAACCCCAAGGAGCGGCAGAUCUACGCCUGGGACGAUGGCUACCAGAUCAUCUACAGGAUGGAGAUGAAGAAGAAACUGGAGAUCUGA